AUGCCUGUGUCCCGCGACCUGCGCAAUCGCAAGACCACCAAAGCUACCCCGGCUAAAUCCAGCCCUCCCGUGCAAACACAGGCAUCCAGCCCCGACGAAUUCUUUCCUUUUGCACGCUACAUCUCCGCGACUGGCGUGCACGCGUGUUUGCUGGCCUUUACCGCUCUCGUUCUCCCCCGCACCUCACCCUCGUUUGUGGCCCACUUUGCCCCGUCCUGGCAUCAGAACGCCGAACCUGCGGAUUUUUCGCUACAGGGCACUCUCUCUUUGCUGACCCGCAGUCCCGUGCGGACGGUGUUAUGGACAUGUGUAGGCGCGGCAGUCCUGCAGGCUUGGUGGGCCAGCUGUCUGCAGGAAUGGUUACUCGAGUCCCGGAUGCAGAAGAGAGGCGUCACAGACGCAGCCGAGAAACCUAAACAGAAGCUUGAUAAACGUGCUUCGGGUCGCCGACAGCUGGAGACACUCAAAAAUGCAUCUCUCACCACGCUAGUAGCCCACCCCGUGCAGACCUAUUCCCUCGCUUUACUUCUGGCGCUUCUCACCGCGUGGACGCCUGCAUAUGUGUACGGGCCGCCUUCCCUCGGAACUAGCACAGAAGCUCUAGUGAUUAGGUUGACUUGGAUCCGGCUCUUCGCUGAAUUGCGGCCGCGCGGUGCUAUCGAAAGAGCCAUAGUUUACCCCGCGAUCGGCUCUUUGUUCGGGUGUUGGUCAGGUGCAAUCCCUAUUGCCCUUGACUGGGAUCGUCCAUGGCAGGCAUGGCCGCUCACCCCCGCAUAUGGGGCUAUAUCCGGUUACAUUUUGGGUUCUUUGGUGGCCGUCUCCGUCAGCGGGAUCACCCAUCUUGCAUUAGCAGACUUAUUAUCGGCUCAAACUCCUGCAAAGAAGGAGUCUAAAUCCCGUCAGAGGUAG